AUGGAAGUCUCAACCACUAAAAACUCUAUUGAUGGAGAUUACAAUAGGGCAAAAGCAGUGAAUGAAUUCGACAGAACAAAAGCUGGAGUUAAAGGACUUGCGGAUGCUGGAAUUACCAGCAUCCCCAGGAUCUUCAUCAACCCUCCAGAGAAGCUUCAAAAAUCAUCAAACACUACACGCCAAAUCCCCAUUGUAGACCUCAAAGGCUUUGAAAAUGGUGGCCAACGUCGGCAUGAGAUUGUCAAUGAAAUCCGCGAAGCAUCAGAAACAUGGGGGUUCUUUCAACUUGUCAACCAUGGAGUACCAGAUAGUGUAAUGGAUGGGAUGAUAGAAGGUAUUCGACGAUUCCAUGAGCAACCUGCAGAGACAAAGAUGGAGUUUUAUAGCCGUGAUCGAACACAAAGUGUGAGAUAUUACAGCAACGAAUUUCUCCAUUCAAGUAAAGCUGCUGCAAAUUGGGCGGAUUCAUUAUCUUUUGUUUUCAAAGAUGAUAUGGUGAACCGGGAUGUGUUACCUUCAGUCGCCAGGAGAGAAGUGGAAGAGUACGUGAAAUGCAUAAUCAUACUGAAGGAGCAACUAAGUGAACUACUAUCGGAAGCUCUAGGACUGAGCAGCGACUAUUUGGGAAGCACAGAGUGCAUGAAGAGUGCAGCAUUUUUGUGCCACUAUUACCCAAUUUGCCCACAGCCUGAACUGACUCUAGGCUUGAGCCAACAUACAGACCUGCCUUUUCUAACUAUUCUCCUUAAAGAUAGCAUUAGGGGCCUUCAAAUUCGCCUUCAAGAUCAAUGGGUUGAUGUGCACCCUGUCCCAGGAGCUCUUAUAGCAAACAUCGGAGAUUUUAUGCAGCUUAUCACCAACGAUAAGUUCAAAAGUGUGGAGCACAGAGUACUGGCUCGAUCAGUUGGACCAAGGGUAUCAACUGCAUGUUUCUUCUCUCCCAGCACUAGGAAUGUAUCUAAGCCGUGUGGACCUAUAAAGGAACUUCUAUCUGAGAUCAAUCCACCUAUAUACAAGGAAGUUCUUAUCACAGAUUUAGCCGCCGCGAGGUCUGAACUGAAUGGUACUCGUUCCUCAGUUCUUCCUCUAUUCAAGCUAUGAUGAGCAAUUGCUAGUAACAGAAAGACUGAACAAUAAUUGGAUUUUUGCUCAAAUUUAAUGUUGAAAAAUGAUCCGAAAACGUAGUAGAUUUGUAAUCACUUUUCUAGUAACAGAGUGCCUAUCAGUUCUAUAAAAACUAUGAUUACUAAUUCUAGAGAGCUUGUUUUUAUGGCCGUUGUUAAGGACUUCGGUUGUCAAGCACUCCAUUCUUUCUCUUUCCAAGUGAAAUUUCAGAAGAGUUGGUAUAUUACACAAUGUUUGGUUAUUAUAAUUUUGAUACCAAAAUUGCCCUUAGGGUUCUUACUUGCCAAAUGCAAAUUCCCUUUAAUUUCUUUUUCACGUUCCGCCCACCUUCCUCUGCGAAUCUCUCCUCAUAAAAAUGGAAGCCGACAAUAGCACCAACACUAGAAGGAAAAAAAAAAAAAGCCUCCCCAAGUCCUACACGAAUAAACUACCAUAACAAAAUUGAAGCAACACAAUAGAACCAAUACCAAUAUAUAUAUAUAUAUAUAUAUAUAUAUAUAUAUAUAAA